AUGAAAGUUGGAAGUGCGUGUUGUGUGUGUUGUGUGGAGAUCCCAGAGGCUGAGGCUGAGUCCAAGCACCAGAGAGUUCCCCAGUGCGUACUGCGCCACGACAGAUGGCCACGUAAACUCUGGGAUGUUAUGGUCGACGUGGCCACAGUCUACAUCGCCGUGAUGGUUCCCUACGGGGUCAGCUUCAUGAAGGACGGCCGCGCCAACAGACCGACUCUGCUGCUGGACAUGUCUCUGGAGGUCUUCUUUGUGCUGGACAUCAUUGUGAACUUCAGGACUUCCUUCAGUUCGGGCGAGGAGGUGGUGAGCGACCCUGGAGCCAUCGCCGUCCGGUACCUCAAGUCCUGGUUCGUCGUGGACCUCAUCGCCGCGGUUCCUCUCGACCUCCUCCAGGUUUUCCACAUCACUGUGCUCGACAUGGUCCACCUGCUGAAGAUGCUGCGGCUGCUUCGCCUGAUGAAGAAGCUGCAGAGGAACUGUCUCAUCAGCAGCAGCAGCAGCAGCAGCAGCAGCAGCAGCAGCAGCAGCAGUAGUUUGGUCGUCUCCAUCCUGGUGUUGGCCUUCGUGCUGGUCUCUCACUGGUCCGCCUGUGUCUGGUUCCAGAUCGGCCUCUUUGACCUCAGAUCCAAACACUGGCAUGUGGGCUGGCUGGCUCAGACGGCCGUGCAGCUGGAGAGCCCAUACUCCGCCAACAGGACGUCCGGGGGUCUGACGGUGGACGACGCCUACGUGGGGGCCCUUUACUUCGCCGUUAGCGCCAUCACGACGGUGGGAUUCGGGAACGUCAGCCCAAACACGAAGUCGGAGAAGUCUUUCACGACCUGUCUCAUGCUGCUCGGAGCGGUCAUGCACGCGCUCAUCCUGGCGAACGUCUCUGCCGUCGUCUACCGCCUCCAUUCUCGUCUCUCGGAGUCUCGCGCUCGCACAAACGAGCUGAGGCGCUUCCUCCGUGAGCAUGACGUUCCGGAAGACCUCCAGGCUCGUGUUUGGGCUCACGCAGAAAACCCACGGCCGUCUGGUACAAUCAAGGAAAAACUGGAUUUCCCGGAGGACAUUUACGCCGACGUCCACGUGCAUCUGUUCCGGAGUCUCCUGCAGCGGCCCCUGUUUCGGUCUGGGGGCCCCGCGGUGCUGAGAGAGCUGGCCCCUCACGUCCGCUGCUGGUCCUGCAGACACGGAGAGACCAUCGUCAGUAAAGACCAGGUGGUUCAGGCUCUCCACCUGGUCCUCUCCGGGGGACUUCAAGUACAGUCCAGGAUUCUAGUUCCUGGGAGCCUGAUUGGAAGCAGUGUGUUGGUUGGUGAGGCCCCCACAGCCACAGUGAGGGUCCAGGCCGUGGGCGACUGCACCGUCCUCUCCCUGAGUCUGGACGGACUGCGGAGCGUGAUGGAGCGUUACCCAGACUGGGCCCAGAGCCUCCGCGGAGACCUGCCCCAGAACCUGGACUUAGACCUGAGCCAAACCCAGGUAAUGACAGAGGGACUGGACUGGGAUGGAUCGUUCCCGGGGGCCCGCUGCUGUCGUCGCUCGACGAGUUCCAGCGUCUCACAACAUCCAAAUCUCCAGUUUGAACAAAUGCGACGCCGCUUCUUUGUCUGA